AUGGUUGGACAAUCACAAAACAAGACAUACUUAACUACUGCAUUUUUAAAUAGCGUUCUGAAGUCAGAGGGUCAGCCAAGGGGAUAUCCACCUCAUACGAACCCAAUGUUGUUUGAUGAUGACCCUGGAAUUAUGUCAGAAGUAGAAACUAGCUCAACAGGCUUUCGAAGAGGCGGUAAACAAAGAAGUUCGCUUCCAGUUGUUAGAACCCCAAGUAAAACGUUAGAGAGACCAUUAGGUUUAGUAUUUCUUCAAUAUCGAAACGAAACCAAACGAGCUUUGUUGCCAAACGAAAUCACCUCUAUAGACACCGUCAAGGCUUUAUUUGUCAGAUCAUUCCCGAAACAACUCACAAUGGAAUAUUUGGAUUCGCCAAAUGUUAAAAUUUAUAUCCAUGACUCUUCCAAAGAUAUGUUUUACGAAUUAGAAGAUCUUAGAUCCCACCUUCGAGAAAUUAGAGAUCGAUCAGUACUUAGGCUAUUCGAAUCUGCCGAUGUUUCCGGUGGUCUUCCAAUGGCUGGUAUUGGCAUUGCCGGUGGAGUUGGGCACUUUGAAGAUCCUAGUUACUUUUCUGAACCGGAGUUCGACUCGGAGUACCAGCAUCAGCAUAUCCACAAAAGCAAGGUCCUAAAUUAA